GUUUGGGCGGGACAACAUGGCCGGAACUUCAAACACUGUUGUUGGCUCAUGAACUGAGGUGCUAAAACUGGAACGAUUUACCAGUUUAACAACAAAAUAAACAUUGUUGACCGUUAACUUAACGCGUAUUUAAUGACAUAGUGAAAAUUCAAAUGCUUUGUGUUCAACGUGUAAAGAGGGAACUGAAGCUAACAUUGGCUCAAGAAGAGCGCUAACCAUGGGGGCUUGCUAACUCGUGCUAACAUGGAAACACUAGCUUUACACGCUUACGGAAGUGAACGAAAAACUGUAUUGUGAGGACUUUUGUUAAGUCUCUGGGCUCAAAUAGCAGGGAUGAAGAAAUUCACCUGGCGAGGACAGCGACCGUACAGGCGACAGGAGGAGAACGGUCACCGCCGCGGCUGGCACAGAGACAACCGUGAGAGAUCUACUCAGGACGAACAGUGGAAUAUACACAGUGAUGCAGGGCCGUCAUACAGAGCUUCACAAAGGAGAUAUGACAACCAGUCCUCUUCUUCCUCGUCCUCAUCGCCUUCUUCCUCUUCCUCUUCCUCAUCCCCAUCUUCGUCUUCCUCCAAAUCCAGCACUGCUGCCCCAGAACUGCCUGGUUUCUACUUUGACCCGGAGAAAAAUCGUUAUUUUCGCCUGCUGCCGGGUCACAACAACUGUAACCCACUGACCAGAGAGCAGUUGCAAGAGAAAGAAAGGGAAAAACAGAGAAACAGGAUGAUUGCAGAGGAUGAAAAGCCUACAAAAAAAGCACCAAGACGAGGACUGAACACUUCAUUGCUCCUGCAGAAAAGACAUCUUGGUUUGUUACCUAGAAACUCCUACUGCAGGAUGAUCCAUGAGGUGAAGGUGGGUUCAAUGAGACGCCACAAACUAGAGAUCCAGAGCACGGACAGCAGCAACCCCAACACCGACAACUUCAGCCUUAUAGUGGGAGAUUCGGCGUGUGAGCGAGUGUUUACAGUCAACGAUGUCUCUCAUGGAGGCUGCAAAUAUGGCAUCAUGAACUUCAGCAGCAGCAGCCAAGGCUCUCUGUCUGUAGAGAUGUGUGAUAACCUCUACUUCACCAACCGCAAGGUGAAUUCCAUCUGCUGGGCCUCAGUCAACUACCCUGACUCUCAUGUCUUGCUUUGUCUGGUUGGAGUGGUAGACACGCCUGGCUGUGUCAGUUUGCUUCCUGCUUCCCUCUUCAGCAACUCGAACCCAGAGCAGCCCGGGAUGCUGUGUAGCUUUAAGAUCUCCUCAGCCUGGUCUUGUGCUUGGUGUCUCAACCCACAGUUUGACAAGACCUUCAGCACUGGCCUGUCUCGCAGGGUAAUUGUGAAAGACGCAGAGACGGGCCGAACACAGACGUACAGCGCUGGCAGUGACGUCUUGGCUCAGCAGUUUGCCCUCAGGGUCCCUGUGCUGUUUAACGGUUGCAGGUCGGGAGAGAUCUUUAGCAUAGACCUGCGGCAGAGAGGUCGCAGGGAUCAAAGCUGGAAGACCAGUCGCUUCCAUCAAGAAUCAGCCAUCACUUCCGUACGCGUCCUCCAGGACGAGAAUUACCUGCUGGCUGCUGACAUGCUGGGCCAGAUCAAGUUGUGGGAUGUGAGAGUGACAAAAGCAGUGCAGGAGUACAAAGGGCAUUAUAAUGAGCAUGCCUACCUUCCUAUUCAUGUUAAUGAACCAGAAGGGCUUUUGUUGGCAGUGGGUCAGGAUUGCUACACAAGGUUGUGGAGCCUGAAGGACGGCCACCUGCUGCGGACCAUCCCAUCACCUCACCCGGCCGCUAAUGACCUCAUCCCGAGCGUCGUCUUCUCCUCCAAGUUAGGGGGCCGCAGGGGGCUUCCUGGCCUCCUAAUGGCUGUCAAACAUGACCUGUACUACUUCCCAUACAACACUGACUACCAGGAAGGAGGAGAGCAGCAGGCAAUUUUAUGAAAACACUUCCUCUCAUGAGUGAGUUAAGAAAAAACAAAGUCACUAAUUAAAGGUUUUAUACAGUGUAACUGUAAGACUGUAUAUAGAGUGUAUGCAGUGCAUUUCCACGAGGUUGUACUGACCUUUUGUUUUGGACGAUAACCUCAGAAAAGUUCUAAUUGCAUCUCAGGGAAAUAUUUGUUUGAGCCGAAGGAAAAUGGAAGUGCUUCAUACACGAGUGCACACAAUUACUACAGUUACACAUUGUUUACGGUGACAUUUAAAGUGUACUUAAGGUGUGAUUUUACUUAAAUUUGUAAGGUAAUUCAAGAUGUUUUUGAUCUGAAUUUGAAUAGAAUAUUUGAGCAUUCAUACGUUUUCUAACUGCUGUUUGAAAA